UCAUGAAGAUCUGAGAGAAAGAGGAGAUAGAGAGAGAGAGAGAGAGAGAGAGAGAAAGAAGGGAACCCAACAAAAGGCAGGUAAGGGGGGAAGAGAGAAGAGAAGUCGAGUUUUAUUAAAUGGCGGGUGUUGGUUUCUUUUGGAGUUUAGCGAUGUCUGCCAGAAAGUAUCAAACCAGAUGCAGACCAAACCAAAGCCCUCUGUUUAUCUCCUCUGCAUCAGAUGGGGUUUUUGUAUUUCGCUACUGAAGUUCGCAGCAGCAGCUGCUGCGCUCUGAUCGCCCAUUAACUCUCUCUCUCUCUCUCUCUCUCUCUCUCUCUGAGCCUGUGACUUGUCACGGGCGCAGUGGACUUGCAGAAAGUUUUGGUUUUCUGAGUGGGAGAAGCAAGUUUUACCCUAUUUCCAGCCAUAAAAAUACCAUCUUUGUGCCUUUUGAGGUUCUCUGUGGCCUUGAAUCUGUUCUCUGCUCCACUGUUUGCCUCUCAGGAAAAAAAAAAAAAAAGGAGUGGUUUUGCCCCCCUCAUGCACCACAAGAAGACGCCCCGGUUCUUCUUUCUUCGGCUUAUGAUUCAAGAGAGAACCUCCGGGACGCUUCGUAUCCGAUUUCUUUGAUGAUUUUCUGUGGCCCUGCACGAGUCUUGAGGUUGUGAGUAUUUCCUUCUACAAAUCGACCUUGAUCCUUGUUCUCAAUCUCGCUGUCACGAAAAGUGUAAAGAACGGAAGAAAAUUGCAAGAAACCCCAGCUCUGCGAGUGAAAAGCAAGAAAUGACGGUAUUGAAGGAAGCAGAGAGGAGCUUGGAUCCGCAGCUUUGGCACGCGUGCGCGGGAGGGAUGGUCCAAAUGCCUCCAGUGAACUCCAGAGUCUUCUACUUCCCUCAGGGCCAUGCUGAGCACGCUUCCUCUGCUGUCGAUUUCGCCGGCUGCUCCGGCGUCCCGCCCCUCGUCCUCUGCCGCGUGUCCUCCGUCAAGUUCUUGGCCGACCCCGAGUCGGACGAGGUCUUCGCCAAGCUCAGCCUCGUCCCUCUGCCCAACACCGAGCUCGAUUUCGAGGACGAAAGGGCCUUGGAGGCGGCAACCGGAUCCGACAACCCUGAGAAGCCGGCCUCCUUUGCUAAAACGCUGACUCAAUCCGACGCCAACAAUGGCGGCGGCUUUUCCGUGCCACGGUACUGUGCUGAGACGAUUUUCCCAAGGCUUGACUACUCGGCUGAUCCUCCGGUUCAGAACGUCAUCGCGAAGGAUGUGCACGGCGAGACGUGGAAGUUCCGGCAUAUCUACAGGGGGACUCCUCGACGGCACUUGCUGACCACUGGAUGGAGCACUUUCGUGAACCAGAAGAAGCUCGUCGCUGGCGACUCGAUUGUGUUCCUUAGGACUGAGAGUGGAGAUCUCUGCGUCGGGAUUCGGCGCGCCAAGAGAGGAAUCGGAGGGGAAUCUCCGUCUGCAUGGAGUUCCGGUGGGGGUGGGAGUUGUGUUCAGCAGUUUGGUGGGUUCUCGAUGCUGCUGAGGGAGGAAGAGAGCAAACUGAUGCGGAACACAUCCAAUGCGGGUUUUGACGGUGGUUUUAGAGGAGGGAAGGGAAAAGAGAGGCCCGAGUCAGUGAUCGAGGCGGCCGCUCUGGCUGCAAAUCGGCAGCCGUUCGAGGUGGUGUACUACCCAAGGGCAAGCACGCCAGAGUUUUGCGUCAAGGCGUCGUCAGUGAAGGCGGCGAUGAGGAUACAGUGGUGUUCGGGGAUGAGGUUUAAGAUGGCUUUCGAGACAGAAGACUCUUCGCGGAUAAGUUGGUUCAUGGGGACCAUUUCCUCUGUUCAGGUCGCGGAUCCCAUCCGCUGGCCGAAUUCGCUAUGGCGGCUCCUUCAGGUGACUUGGGAUGAACCGGACUUGCUACAAAAUGUCAAGCGUGUCAGCCCGUGGCUGGUCGAAUUGGUAUCGAACAUCCCGGCUAUCCACAUGUCGCCCUUCUCUCCACCGAGGAAGAAGUUGCGCCUGCCGCAUUACCCGGAUUUUCCAUUCGACGGGAACUUCCUUGUCCCCUCGUUCUCAGGCAAUCUCCACAGGCCCACAGGCCUCUUGUGUUGUCUAUCUGAUAAUGCUCCUGCAUGCAUACAGGGAGCCAGGCAAGCUCAAUUUGGAAUACCCUUAACCGAUCAUCACCUUAACAACAGAUUGCGGUUAGGGUUACUGUCGUCCAAUUUACAUCGUUUCGAUCCACAUUCUAGAAGUUCCAACAGCAUCAUGAAAGACAACAUGCAGGGGAGUGAAAGUUUGUCAUGCUUGCUUACAAUGGGGAACUGUAGUCAGAGGUCAGAGAAAUCUGGUGACGAGAAGAAGCAUAAGUUCCUGCUCUUCGGACAACCUAUACUCACGGAGCAGCAGAUUUCACACGGUCGCUCUGGUGAUGAUGUUAUCUCCGAAGUUGUCAGUGGCAAAGGUUCAACAGAUGGAAACACGGCCAAGCUGAAUUUCCUCUCUGAUGGUGUGGGGUCAACUCUCAAGCAGGCUGGUGCCGGGUUUCUGUGGCGCCAUGGCUUCGAAACCUCUGAACUUGACCUAGAAACGGGUCACUGCAAGGUCUUUAUGGAGUCGGAGGAUGUGGGAAGGACCCUCGAUCUCUCGAUUCUCAGUUCAUAUGAGGAGCUUUACAGGAAGCUUGGUAACAUGUUUGGACUAGAGAGAUCGGAGAUGCCUAGCCAUGUUCUCUACCGAGAUACCGCUGGUACCGUCAAACGGACGGGAGAUGAACCUUUCAGCGACUUUGCAAGAACAGCGAAGAGACUGACCAUCUUCAUGGAUUCGGCUAGUCAUGGCGUUGGAAGGACAUUGCUCACAGGGAGGAGGAACCCGGAGAACGGAUUCGACUCGACCACUAAGGCAGGUCCGUUGAGCACGUAUGCAUAGUCCACGAGUUCGUGCAGCCCAAG